GAUGUCGGCGCGGGCGCGGCGCAUUUAUGAGCGUCUGCGGGAGCCCCGGGCGCGCGUGCACGUGAGAAAACUUUCACUGUUGUGUUUUUGUGUGUGUGUGCGCGCGUUUAUAUGUGAGCUGAUGGUUGAUCUCUGAUCCUCAAAACACGCUUCUCAUCAUGGACUCGAUCGGCAGAGGCGUGUGAAGCGUGUGUGUGUGUCUGCUCACUGCAAUGGCUCUGGUCUUGGCUCUUCUUCUGUGUUUUUCCACUCAAUCCUCUGUCCUGGUGUCUGGCGUCAUCUCUCCGCCUGAUGCUGCGCUAACACCCCGCGCUAAUGCUCGCCACCUGCCUGACAUCAUCAUCAUCGGCGUGAGGAAGGCCGGCACCCGCGCCCUCAUCCAGAUGUUGCGUCUGCACACUAGCAUCGCCGCCGCCCAGAAUGAAGUGCACUUCUUCGAUUGGGACAGUCACUAUGAGCGUGGCCUGGACUGGUAUGUGGAUCAGAUGCCGGAAGCGCAGCCGGGUCAGCUGACAGUGGAAAAAACACCGGCGUACUUCACCUCCAGAGAUGUCCCACAGCGCAUCCGGUUAGCCAAACCUGACGCUCGCCUGCUGCUUAUCGUGCGGGAACCCACCGAACGCCUGCUCUCCGACUACACACAAGUCUAUCACAACCGCCUGGAGAAACGCAAGCGUCCGCAACCCCUCGAAACACUUCUGCUGCGAAACGGAGAGCUCAACCUAGACUACAAACCGCUGAACCGCAGCCUGUACCACACACACAUGCAGCGCUGGCUCCAGGCCUUCCCCAUCUCCAGCUUCCACCUGGUGGACGGAGACGCGCUCGUCCGAGAGCCGCUGGCGGAGAUGCAGAAGGUGGAGGCGUUCCUGAAGCUGGAGCCGCAGAUCAGCCAAAACAACUUCUACUUUAACCAAACCAGGGGCUUCUUCUGUCUGCGGGACGGGCGGCAGCAGCAGCGGUGUCUGCACAGCUCUAAAGGACGCAAACACCCGCAGGUCUCCCCACACAUCCUGAGCAAACUCCAACACUUUUUUCACGAACCCAACCGGAGGUUCUUUGAGCUGGUCGGCCGGACGUUUGACUGGAAGUGAGACAUCUAGCAGGAUGAUCUCCUGAAUAACUGGAACAACAUGAGCGGGGCAACCGGACCGUCUGCGUGUGUUUGCUACUCUCUUUGUUUGGAAAUAUUCUCGAUGUACAGCCCUAUCAGAGUUAAACAGGGGAGUCUGACCAGUUUCAUUCAUUUAGGUGAUCUUCAGAUUUAGCGGAAACACUUUUAGCUUAGCUUAGCAUAGGUAAUUGAAUCAGAUUAGACCGUUAGCAUUGUGUCGGCUGCAGCCAUGGUACAGCAACAAAGUUCCUUGAUAUUUACGCCAGAAUAGAAAAACGUUUAACGUUUGAUUUUCUGUUUCUCCUCUAGUACAUGAAGUUACUAUGAAUAAGAACAUGAUCUGAACUCUAAUGCUAACGGUCUAAUCCGAUUCAAUGAUUUAUGCUAAGCUAUGCUAAAAGUGCUCCUGCACAUCUGGAGAUCGGCUGAAUGGAUCCAAAAAUGCUAGAACUCCACCGAUCAACGCUGACAGAGCUGUAAUACUAGUCUGUUCACAGAAUAAAGGGUUUGCUCAGCAGACAUGUACAUUCUGUUAUUUAAUGUGUUGAGCAUGUCUUCUGGACUCUGAGCAUCUCUGGACACGUGCUGUCUGUAGGGGAUGAAGAGCUCCAGGGUUUCAUCUAAAUAUCUUCAUGUCUGAUGAUGAACGAGGCUCUCGAGAUUGAAAUGCCAUGAGGGACGCUUAUUACUGACAGAAUAUGAAUGUUUGGGUGAACUAACCCUUAAAUGAGUUUCUGCAGCGCAUACACACACACACACACACACACACACACACACGCAGGUUUAUGAGUAGAGCUCAUCCUGAAAGACUGUGUAGAAUCAUUAUCUUCUCUUAUUUUUGCUUCUGAUGCUAAACGAUACAGUCAAACCAACAUUCUCUCCCAUUUAAGCUCUUCCAAAUCAAGUUGAACACUAAGAUAUUUUGAAGAAUGUUGGAACUGUUUGACUUUGACGUCUGGUGUAGGUCCGUGGGCUCCUGUGUUCCUUUAAGUUCUGUUUGUUUGUGUUGAACAGAAGAGGAGACUCCGCUGUGGAGCAGGUGUGAUGUGAGUAAAUGACUGAUCUCUGGCUGAACUGUGCCUUUAAGAGCUUCACUGGUCAGUAGUGCAGGUAAACUGGAAGCUUCAGUGUGUGUCUGAUUCCCGUGAGGAAUACAUUUACUUGCUUUAUCAAGAACUCCUGUAGUGUCUCCUCUAGAAGCAUCUGGAUUUAAAGAUGCUCUCGAGCUGACUGAAGAUGUAAGAGUGUUUUCACCACUGCUGCAUCAGUGUGUGUGUGUGUGUGUGUGUGUGUGUGUGUGUGUGUGUGUGUGUGUGUGUGUGUGUGUGUGUGUGUGUGUGUGUGUGUUGUAUCAGUCAUAUAUGGCAGCAUGUCCUCAUUCUCUUCUGCUUUCUGUGAUUAAAGCUUUUAUAUGAAGGAAGAUUCAAUAAUAAAGAUAUUUUUGCUAUGA